UCAAUAAGCAUUUAUUAAGCAUUUACAAUUAAGGAACUUGUCUAAUCCAAGAAUAUAUUUGUAUUUACUAAGAGGUCAGUCCUGACCCUUGAGGAACUUAAAUUCUAAUGAGUAAAGAUAACACUCUAAAGGGGUUAGGGAAGUUACCCACGUAGGGGCGUGAUAGAAGAAAAUCCGGAAGCAGUCUGGAGUGGAGGCGGAGGAGAAAGAAGAGUAAACGCAAGAACGUGGGUACGAAACGCUAACUCAGUUACAACCCUGUAACCUCUGACAAUUUCCUUUCCUAGACCUCAAUUUUCUUAUCUGUGAAAUGAUCUCUAAAUUCCCUUCCAGAUCUAAAUCCCAUCCUUCCUUCCGUUGGGAGGCGGGUCGGCUCCGAGGCUCGGGAUUGGGGUUCCGGAAGGAGGCUUCUCAUACACUGCACUGACCCUACGAUUCCGGGCCUCUGCCCUUAUUUGGGCAAGAGGAAGGAAGCAAAGCCGGCACCCGGCAAACCGUCUCUGGGCCUCCGGACGUCACCGUUACCUAAUUUAGUCAUGGAAACGAGAACUAGUGGCGGGAAUGCACCAUAGCGUCACAGGAGGCGGGGCCUUUUUCUUAAAGGGGCCGGACUUAGGGAAGUCGGAACUAUGGAAACUAGAAAAACCCUUAGUUUUCCCACAAAUACUCGCACCCUCUUUCUUUUUGGGAAAAUCAUCCUUCGGUCUGGGCGUGAAAAGCAGGAGUGAAUCUGUGACAUAUGACGUUUAAUAAUUUGCUCUCCUUUCUCAGUCUCAAAGCUAGCAGAGGUGACAUAGCUCUGGGAAAUUGCUAGUUUUGUAAGACAAAAAAUGCCAGUGGGCUCUUCUAGAUGCUUGAGAUAUGGUGCAGGGUGCAAAUGGGGGACUUGUCUUGCCCCGCUACAAGGCACAUCCUGGAAAGGAACUUUAGAAGGUCUGAACCCGCUGUUACUUGCUGACAAGGCACUGUUGCCCCUUUAUUCGAGCGGCAGGUCUCUAGGCUAAUGGCUGCUAGUAGAGGUUGGCUUGGGAUAUCCCGCACCCAGCGCUUGAAGGGUUCUUCUCGUCUCCCUAUAUCUCAUCCCGAGCUCAGAAACAAUAUGCUCCCAACUGCAGAAACAAAAUGAAAAUUGCACGGAGUCGAGGAAGAGGGGUUUCUCUCCACAUCCAACUCGGUCCAGUCCUGGCCAUUUUCCCCUCCCCCCCUUUCCCGGGGGCUUUGAAUUAGGUCCGGCAUUUCCGUCCUGUGGCUUUAAAGGGCCUCCGGUGGCGAGUCGAAAAGCCCGAGUAAGGCUUUCUGAUUGGGCGGUGCGGCUCCUUGGUGACGCAAGUAGAAGUAUAAAGGGCUCGGCCUCGGACCGGGUUUAGCUCAUUCUUGUAAACGGUCUCAGUUUCCUUUUGUAGUUGGGAAGAAUCUUGUCUCCUGUUUGAGACGGGCGUCUUUAGGAAUAGGGAUUGAAAGCAAAUAGACUAGAAGGCUUGAUCUCCUGCUCCCCUCGUCAGUUACCGGGCUUUGCCCUAGGGUCUCCCCGAGAUAGCCUACUAAUCUACCUGCCCAUCUUCUGUUGUUGACCCCGGGUUCCAGCAUGGAGGCACAGAAGGAAGCGCAACGUAUCAUGACCAUGUCUGUGUGGAAGAUGUAUCAUUCACGCAUGCAGCGCGGCGGCUUGAGGUUGCACCGGAGUCUUCAGCUAUCGCUGGUCAUGCGGAGCGCCAGGGAACUCUACCUCUCCUCCAAGGUAGAGACAGAGGAGACGGAGCUAUCCUUCGCAGCCGCGCCCCUGAACCUGCCUCAGCCCAUGACGGCAGCUGAAGCGGGAGCUGAAGUUGAUUCUCCGCAAGCGAUUGAAGAGGCGAUUCCGGCCCCAGAGCCCAUGGAAACGCAGGAUGCGAGGGAAACCGAGCCAGCGCCAGCCUGCAGCCACCUGCCUCCGGUAACCUUUGCCACUUUGCCUCAACUCUCAAUGAAAGCCAACCGCAAGCGUCGGAGCUGUACCUUGGGCCAGGGUAGAGAUGCUGGCCUGAUCCCCAGCAAGAAAGCUAGGUUGGAGGAAGAAACAGUGCCAGCUGAAGGGAAGGCUGAAGUCGAAGCUGGGGACUUGGGGAGGCGGCCGUCGCAGGUGGAGGAGGGCCCCUUCCCGAGUCUGGCCCGAGUCUUACAGAAGCGCUUCUCUGGCAUCCUGAAUAACACCGGGGGGCCGCCAAAACCCACUGCUCCUCCCUCCUGUGAACUCAAGCCAGGUUGCCGCCAAGCAGACAACAUGAUAAACAUCUUGGUGCGGACGGUGGUGGCUUUCUAAACUGAGCUUUGGACUCCGGACUGUGCCCGUAGCUUUAGCUGGCCCGAGCUAAGUCUAGGCCGCUGUCCAUCCCUGAGCGACUGGGGAGACGGGGGGGCCUCAGACUCUGGUCCGUCCACCUCCCAGAGAGGAAGAAGACUGACUGAUUUCGACUCCUGACUUUCCCCAGGCGCUGGUGACUGCUUUGGUGGCAGAAGGGGAGUGGUGGUGGUGGUGGUGGGGGGGGGACGAGAGAGCAGCUGCUGAUCUGGAGAAUCUACUCCAUAAUGCUGCUAAAUAGAGGCUAGCCCGAGAGGAGAAUGUGGGACUUUUUCUGAUCUCGGUAGUCUUCCUCCAGCUGAGGCUUAAAGAGAGACCUCGGCGCCGGACUGGGUGGAUGUCAGUGAAGCCAACCAGCACGCAUCCUGACUUCAGAGACUCAUGGAGACCCUGGUGGUCUUCACUUUUAAGAGAUCUGCCUCAGAUCUUUCUAUUGAAAAGAGGCAUAUACGAUGGUGCUAUUGACGUGACUUGGUAUUUCCUCCUACCUAACUUAAUGUCUGUUCUUGGCCGCCCAGAGGAGGCGGUGGUGGAGCAGCAAGUACUGGGUGUGAGGGUGUUUGCUGGGGUGGGAGAUGAGGUGGGGGAGGCUGGGUAGAAUCUCCUUUCUCAGGGUUUAAACUUUUUUAAUUGGGGGCGGUACGUCUGUCCCAUUAAAGGUUUUUAUAUAAAAUCCAUUGGUGUUUCAUGAGUAUCACUGGCUUCCUUUUUUCCCUUCCCCCCUAAAAUUCAGCCACCUCUACAAUGACACACUUGUUCAUAUGAUCAUACUGACAUCAUGGGCUUGGGGAACUUCCUGUUUGCUGUCUUAUGAACUCAGUAUGAGUGUUGGGUGAUGAGUUGGGAGGGAGUGGGACUGCUCUUGCGGGGGUUGAGUGGCUGUUGGAGGAGUGAAAUGUGGGUGUGGAGCUGUUAGGGUUUUAUGAGUCAUUUAACCUAGAAAGGGUAGUGAUUCCUUGUUAAAUUCCUCACUAAUGAUGAUCCGGAAAUAGGGGCUUGAAAUUCCAUUCCCUUGUCCACCUCAGAUAGACUAGACUGAUCAUCUAGUUUUGAGUCACUGGAUGAAGAUGGGGGAGAAAAUAGAGAAGUCCUAGAAAUAUAUGUACUUUGAAUCAAAGGGAAUGUUGUUACCACAUCAAAAUUGUAGUUACUCUGUAGGGUUAGUUUAUAAAACGAAGGAAAUUCAAAAUCAAAAGGUGGGUUUUUUAGGUCCUGAAGAGGCAUCAAAACCCGUUUGUUGGUUACUCCUAAUCCACUGAUUUUACACCUGGGAAAACAGUCCCAAAGCAGUGAGUUUGUAGUCGCAAGAGCUAAUCUGGAUCUCCUGGUUCUAUUAAGCCAUUAAACUAUAUUCCUACAAACACAUUCUGUUACUCCUUUUGGAACAAGCUUGCAUUUUUGUUUAAAACCAGUUUUUUUUUUGUAAUAUUGCCAAACUGAAAAUAAAAAGAUCUUUUCAAUUCAA